CGGGUGACGCAGGGUGGGCGGGGCCUCCAACGGCCGUUCCCUGAGGCGCCUGGGUCCCGGUCCGCAGAGCCACGGCGGAGGGGCCGGGAUGGCGUCGCCCCCGCCGCCGCCUGCUGCUCCGUCUACUCCUCCUACUCCAGGCGGUGGCGGGGCCGGGGCUGGAGCCGGAGCAGGGCCGCAAGAGGAAGAGGAGCACGAAGUGGUUCGAGUGCGGGUUAAGAAAUGUGAAGGCUUCUUGCAACCUGAAUUCCGUACUUUUGCCGUGGAUCCACAGAUCACCUCGCUGGACGUGUUGCAGCACAUCCUUAUCAGGGCCUUUGACCUCAAUGGGAAGAAGAAUUUUGCCAUCAGCUAUCUGGGCCGAGAUAAGCAGGGACAAGAUAUAUACCUACCGCUGAUGUCAGACUGGGAUCUGAGCAUAGCCUUUGCUGGAGCCUCCAAGCCUUACUUACAACUCAAGAUAGACAUUAAGCCUUCGGAGGACAGCCCCCUGCUUGAAGACUGGGAUAUCAUCAGCCCCAAGGAUGUAAUCAGUACUGACCUGCUGCUGGUGGAAAAGCGGUCUCUGGCAGCAGCUGCCCUGCCUUUUACUCAGUCCAUCAUCUCUCAGGUGGGCAGGACACUGUCAAAGGUCCAACAAGCUCUCAGCUGGUCAUAUGGUGAGGAUGUGAAGCCUUUCAAGCCCCCACUGAGUGAUUCAGAAUUCCACACCUUUUUGAACCAUGAAGGACAGCUGACUAAACCUGCAGAACUACGUCUCCGGAUCUUCCAUGGGGGCGUGGAGCCUUCACUUCGUAAGGUGGUGUGGCGAUACCUGCUCAAUGUCUAUCCUGAUGGUUUAACUGGUCAAGAGCGCAUGGAUUAUAUGAAGCGGAAGACACGGGAAUAUGAGCAACUGAAGGGGGAAUGGGAAGCUCGGGCCAGCCCCGAGGACCUAGAUUUCAUACGUAGCAAUGUGCUGAAGGAUGUCCUACGCACAGAUCGCACCCAUCCCUAUUAUGCCGGCUCUGACGAUAAUCCCCACCUGACAGCCCUGCAUGACCUGCUAACCACCUAUGCUGUGACACACCCACAGAUCUCCUACUGUCAGGGCAUGAGUGACAUUGCCUCCCCCAUCCUGGCUGUCAUGGACAACGAGGCCCAUACCUUCAUCUGCUUCUGUGGCAUCAUGAAGCGGCUGGAGGGUAACUUCCAAGUGGACGGGGAAGUCAUGUCUGUCAAGUUCUCCCACCUCAAGCUUCUCCUCCGCCACUCUGACCCUGAGUUUUACUCCUACCUCCUCUCCCGUGGGGCGGAUGACCUCUUCUUCUGCUACCGCUGGCUGCUGCUGGAGCUCAAGCGGGAGUUUGCCUUUGAGGACGCCUUGCGCAUGCUGGAAAUCACCUGGAGUUCCUUUCCUCCUGAUCCCCCUGAGAAAGAAGUGGAGCUACUCGGCCUGCCAGCCAGGCCUGGAGACAGCACCCAACCUGUCCGAAGGAGACACAUGUUACGUCCCACCUGCAGCUUUGAGGCAGCUGGGGAUCGUCCCUGCCCGCCGCCAGUUCCUGAGGAGAAGUCAUUAGUGAAGCAGUCCAGCUUUGGGGAAUUCAAAUAUUACAGCACUCGGAAUGAGGACAGUUCAGAGGAUGACACCUCACCCAGGUCUCAGCGCUCGAUGGACGAAGAUGAGGAUUGCGGCAGUGAGCAUGACCCUUUGAUCCAGACAAUGAAUGUGGCCAAAUCCUUCUCUGCUCCAACUCUUCGGGCUGUGACACCCCCCUCUCGAGACUUGGCCUCCUCCUCAACAAUUGUCAACGAGGAAGGCCAAUCAGGGGAGAAGAAGGGGGAUUCAGUGGUUCAUACUCCUUUGUCUCCCUCCCGUGUACCAGUUGCCCCUGGGGCUCCUACUCCUCCGGCAGCAGUUAGCCUCCCACCCCCCCAGGAGUUUGGCAAGGGCAACCCCUUUGUACUCUUCCUGUGCCUUGCCAUCCUUCUGGAGCACCGAGACCAUAUAAUCAAGAACAACAUGGACUACAAUGAACUGGCCAUGCAUUUUGAUCGCUUGGUCCGUCGACACAACCUGAACAAGAUCCUUCACCGCGCCAAGGCCCUCUUUGCCAAUUACCUGCAGUCUGAAGUCUGGGACUCUGAGGAGGGUGAUGAGGCGGCAGCUGAAUCUCCAGCCACAUCAUGACUCUCCUUCUUCCCAUUUCUCUUGAUGCGUGGGGACCGGUUCCCUGCUUCCACUGUGGUGCAAGCAUCAAUGUGGAAGGGUGAUUGGCUGAUGAAUAACUGGGUUUGGUCUGCAUUGGUCUAAUGCAUUCAAUAUACCAUUUGUGUCCAAUGUACUCUGUUUUUAAACUAUCUCUGUGCAAAUACCUUGGCACAGAUGUCCCAUCUGUUUUCUGUGCCUCCUAACCUUCCAAGUGCUGAUGAUCUUCCUGGGAAGAUCUGUCUUGGAGAAGCCAGGUUCUGCCCUUUGGUAGUCUCCUCUCCUUCAGCUCCUUGCUCUCCUAUGCAUCUCUCUCUCUCUGUCUCUCCAUCUGCUUUACUUUGAGAGUACUUCUGGAACAGCCUUCACUGACCGGUCCCUUUCAGCAGUGUUGGACUUUGGCUGCCAUCCUAGGGAUGAUGGGAGUUGUUUUCAACACAUCUGGAGGGCUCCUGAUUGGGGAAUGCUGCCAUAAGAUGUUGGUUGCUAAGUAACCAAGAUUGGGACCCAUUGGGAACCUGGAGUCUUUUGUUCUAGGUGGGUUUUCUGAAGGCAUUUUUUAAAUCCAUAAUCUUGAUGUAACUUAAUUUCCUGCAUAGAGUGACACGUUGGGCUUGGCGGAAUCCAAGUGCUUUAUGCCCUUUCUCAAGAAGUUGCCUUUUAUGCUGAGUUAUUCAAGUGUUAUGACCUAAGUUUUUUUAAAAAGCACUUUAUUUUCUGUAUUUAUUGAUGUUGUUUUUUUACAGUAUUGCCUUUCUGUUUCAAUUCAUUUUUAAAGAAUUUAUUUGAAGCUUUGUGGAGAAAAACACUGGGUGUUUUUAUAAGCUGUUUGGCUAUAUCCCAAUGACUAGAUAGGUAGUUCUGUUAAAGAGGGCCAUGUUGGGACCUUUUACAAAUUAACUAAUUAAGAGGGUUGGUGAGGAAUAUUGUUGCCUUAGUGCCCUUGUAGAUCAGUGUCUCGGUAAGUAAACUACUUGUGUCUGGCUUCCAUCUAAUUGAUGAUCCUUCCCCCUGCUUAGAUACAGUACUCCUUUAAAAAAUCCUACAGAAGAGCCAUUCCCUUGCCAAGAGAGUGCCCUUUCCUGUUUAUUAGUGAUUCCUUUGGUGGGCCUCCUUCUUCAGAUGCAAGUCCUUGGUCAGCUUGCCAUGUCCUAGCAAUGAUUUCCCUAUGAAUUAUUAAUUUACAGGACAAAAUCAUAUUGAAUUCUGCUAAAUAUGAAGUAAGCAGUUUUACUGCUACUUUUUGUAUUAGAAUUUGCAUUUCUCGAGUAAGCUUGUUAUGCUUAUUCUAGUAGCUAGAUCCGCAGAGCAGAAAGCAGGAAUUUUCUGAUAUUGCCUGGCCAUCUCCAUUCUUGUCACUAUUCUGCUUGGUAACACCAUAUAUUUGUUUGAAUUCCACUAUUGGGAUUUGGGCCCCAUUUAAAAUUAGUGCUUCCUAGAUUCGGUGGCAGGCAGUUUUGAGACAAUGGGAAAAGGUGUUCUCUUCUCCCCAGCUUCAUUUAGAAAGUGCCAGUCCUGUUCAUUCUGUCUCUUCCUUUCUUCAUGCCUUCAUAAGCAUUUUGCUCAUGGUUGGCAUAAAAUCCAAAUAUGGAAGAAAAGAGCUUAGAAAAGUAUGUGCUUUAAAGUGUUUGAGUUUCAGCUGCCCAGUCACAUCUUUUCCACCAGAUCAGUGUUUACCAAACUCUGGUCUUCCAGGUAUUUUGGACCUCAGCUCCCAGAAUUCCUGAUCACUGUCGAAGUUCAAAACACCUGAAAGACAAGAAUUUGGAAAUCACUACAUUAAACCUAUGUUUUUGUAGACAUUGCUUUAUUAUUCUCUUCUGAUUAGAGGGACUUCACAGGAAGCUUCCUAUCAGAAGUGUAAUCUUGUGAGUAGCUUCCUGUGUUGAGGCACUUUUGUCAGAAAAUAUACAUCCCAGGCAGACACCAGCCUCAGUCUGCAUAAGAGGGGUCAAAACACAAAGAGUUAGAAACGCCUUUGAAAUAAAAGUGUUCUCCCAGUAGCCAACUAUGAUGAAUUUGAAGGAACAUGCAAUUGUAGAUUGUGUAAAAUGAAAUGAGAAAUGGCCACCAGAAGGAGUUCUAGCUCGGCUUAUACUGAACUUGGUAGUAAGAGUACAGGAGGUUUCUGGAGUCCUCUGCUCCUUUUUUCUGACUGAUGAUGGGAAAACGGGCUCACUCUCACAAAAAAUGUGAACAAAGAGAUACAGAUAAAAGACCAAAGUUGAGAACUUGCUGUUUCUUUAGAGGUAGUUGAUUCAUACUAAUAGGGUUGUCUUCAUGGGGCUUGCAAAUGACAGUUGUUUAAGAGCUCUGAAGCUAGCAGGUGUCCCUGCCAAAGAGGCAUAUUGCUGAAAAAAAUGCUUUGUAAGUAGGUGUCCUGUGCAGCGUGGGCAGCAAUGUCUCAUGUCUUCCGAGUAUCAUGGACUUGGACACAUUAGCUAAUUGUUGGGGAAAUCAACAAUACAGCUAUAAAUCCUUAGAAUUUGCUAUGCUGCUUGGAGAUUCUUAGGGAUGUAGGCUAGAACAUUUAUGGGUCCAAUACCCCUACCCUCAUCCCCAUUCUAGGUUAAUUAUCUGACUUCUCGAUACAAGAUGAGGCAAUAAGAAGAAAGGAUCCAGAUCUCAUGACUGAUUAUUCCUGCGGUGAAUUCUCACCAGUAUCUCUUCACAUUUUUAUCACUAGAUGAGCUAGGUCCAUUUUGCCGUAUAUUUUUAUGUUCUGUUUUUCACUUAAGCUUUCCUUUGUUGAAGCUGCUUACCUCUGUCAAAGAGGCUAAACAAAGGCAUACUAGUACAUCAGUUUUAGCAGUGAUGUGACUUCAGACAUUCUCAAAUCAUUGAUUGCAUUAAUCUGUAUUGUUUGGAGCUACAACCUUUGUGUAGCAUUGAACAAAGCAGUUUUCUCCAUCUAGGAGAGAAUGUUUCCCAAGGCAGAGGCUCUCAUGCCCAAUGUUUAGCCUCUAGAACCCCGUGUUGUGCUUUACUCUAAAGUGCAGAACUAAAGUAUGAAUUCAACUUUCCCCCCAAAAAAUGUCCACUUCCAUUUUUUUUCUAGUUUCGAAACAUGGGGGCAGGGUCCCCUGAUGCUGAAAUUGACAAAACCACCACACUCUGGAGCCCUCCUGGAGAGAAAAGAUCCACUUGGGCAACCCUGAUAUAGUCUAUAUUAUAAAUCCUCCCUGAGGAUGUGGAAACAUUUUCCUUUUAGAGAAGCAUCAUGCUUCAGCCUGAGAUCACAUCUGCAUAAUAUUAUCAUCUAUAUGAUGUAUGUAACACAAGCUCGUAAUAGUGAAGAAAUUCAUAGAUUGCAGUCAGGAAAACAGAGGGGGAAAACUUGGAGGGAAAAAUCUUUUAAAAACUAUAAUUCAGAACCCCACAAUGUGGUUGGGGCAUUUUAAGGGUUGCAUUUUUAAAAGGUGGAUUUUCCUAAGGUUGGGAUAGAAACAGUUUAUAGUAACUUGUAAUGACUCAUAACAGAGAUGGUUACUGAUGUUGGAAUUUAAACCAGUUGAGUACCCCUUUUAGGUCUGUCCUUGGGGACAGAAGACAAGUCUAGGGCUCAAUGCUAUCAGCUGCUGUGGGUGCCAGGCUGUGUGGAGAAUAAGUGGAUGAGCUUUUUCAGCAGACCUGAGCCUUCUGUGACCUACAGAUACUUGGCAGGGCUGAUGUAUUACUAGUUAUAUAGCAUGCAUAUAGAUGUUGAUCUAUGUAUCUCUAGCUGGGGCUCUUGUUCCACCACAAAAUAUUUAUUCUGUCUGCCAUGAAGGAAAAAACAUGACAUAAGGAAUAAAACCCAUCCUUUUUUUUGACCUUAAUGUCUUUAACGUGAAUUUCGAUUUUGUCACCUUUCCUCUAGCCCCACUGAAAGUUGUGGAUGCUUGGGAAACCCUCUCAGUGGCCAAAGGUUGUAGAUUUGCUUAAAAGGCCCAAGACAGCUUUGUUAAUUUUGGAGCUCACCCUUGUAAGUGAAGGGCUAGUGUCACUGUUCUCAGGCCUGCUUCUUAGGCUCUCCCUUUUUGCUUUGUGAAAUUAAGAGAUGACUUAGAUGGUUGUCUGGGUAGAAAAAUAACCACUGGAAUAACAUCUAUUACAUGUAUGUAUACCUUGUAACAAUAAGCUAAUUCCAGGCCUGGCUUGGGAAGGGUGGAUCACAGACUCCCCUUGGUGGCUUGCUUCCUGCAUGAGGCUAUGAAAGUUGUUGUGUCUUAGCCAGAUUCCCUUGGAUAUUUGUCUAACUUCCUAACAAAAUCUGGAUAGAUUUUUUUGUAUAUGGUUGUUUUUUGUUUGAUAACAGGUUGGACUUGGAUUUCUCCUUUUUCUAUGUACUCAGAAAGCAUCCCUUAAGAUUAAAUUAGGGUUUGCUUCCAAGUCUGAUGUCUUGACAGUGGCUUUGACCAGAAGGGUGGUGAAUCUCAUACUGGGCAGUGGAGGAGACAAAUUGUGGAAUUGGUUAUGUAUAGGGUUGAAAGAUGCCUGGACAGUACUUGCCUUGCGUAUAUUAGGUGAAAUUGUGUUUGCUUGCAUCACUUUUUUCUUCCCUCUCCAUUAGCCACAAUCAGAACCAAAUCAUUCCUGCCCCAUGUAUGUGCCUCAGGCAGAGGAAUCUGAUGAAAAGUUGGCUGCCCCCAGGACACAGCUAUAAAUCAGGAAGAUCUGUGGCACAAAGAGACGAGGGGCUUGAUAUUUGCACAAUGUCUUUUGGAUUUAGUGGGUUAGAUGCAAAGGAACAUCUUGGUAGAUGCUCAGAAGCAAAGUUGGUGGUCAUAAUAUGUAGACAAUGCACAUGGCUGUUUCCCUGCUUCUGGGUAUCUUGUCAGUGGUCCACUUGGAACAAGCAGAUCAUAUCUUACAGACUUUAUCUGUUUUUCCUCCAACCAAAUUCCAGUUUUCAUUGUGCCUCACUACUAUCGUGGUAGUUUUGAGGCCCGCACUACAACUGAAGUCAGAAGCUUGACACUAACUCAUAUCACAAUAGCUUUACUACAUGCUGUGAGGUUGACUCCAUUUUCUGUGAUUCCAUUUUUUAGUCCUCCAGCCAGAUUUCAUUGCAUUUCUCUCAUCUUCUCUCCCUACAAUCAGAUGUUUUAACUUAUCCAAACUUGUUGCUCUAUGAUCUAUUUAUAAGUACAUUUUUUUUUUACUUUGCCUUGGUGUUAUUUUUUCCUGCAGCGUAUUUAUUUUUACAAGACUUUUUUGGGAGUGCGGGGUUGUGGUGCUUUAUGUUUCAAGCCAAAACUUGCGGACAGCACAAAAAUUUUCAAAGGAAGGUUUUGCUAACUUUAUCAAUGGGUUGUGCCAGAAUUAUAGUGUAUUCACGUUUGCCUGAUUUUCUGUCCUGUAGCAUUUCUGGCUUUGCCUACCCAUGAACACUGUAUGACACAUGAGAUUUAUUGAACAAUAGAGACAAAAGAAACACCUUUGUGGAAGUAAAGCUUCAAGUAAUGCCAUGGCCAUUUCAGUAAUGGGAGAAGUGACCUUCCAGACGUUGCAUUGCAUUUCCUGUGCGUUUUCACUAUUGGGUAUACUAGGACUUUCAGUCUAACAUCAUCAAAGCUACUUGAUUUUCAUCCAUUCUAUUAAGACUUACAGAACUGGAAAAACAUCCAACUCAUGAACCAUAGUGUGCACGGGACAGAGCUGCUGUCGAAACCUUAUUGGGAUGAAAAGACCUCCAGCUGGCUUCCUGUGCUCCAUUCAUGUCAGUGCACCAAACACUGGAAAAACUCUCCAUUCCAUUGGGAAGUAAUUUGGAUUUUCUGGCCUGGGGAUCCAAAUUUAUUGUACUUGCCUUGUUUAUAGCCCUGGAUUUUAAAAAGUGAACAUGGUUGGUUAAUUUAUGUUCAUUUGCCAAGAAUAUAGAAAUUGUGGCCUGCUAUAGUUUUCUUUUGAUAAAUCAAACUUUUUAAUUUUUUUUUGUAAACCUUGAAGCCUUGUCACUUUGGAAUUGAGUUAGGAUCAUAUUCCUGGGACAAGAUGGCUUCAUUCUUUGUCCUGGGUUUUAGUCACAGGUGAAUGACUUUAUGCUGGCCCAAAAUGGUAAUAAAAGAACCAGCAAUUCAGGAUUUGGGAAGCCUUCAAUCUUUCCUCUCACUGGACAUGGCAGUCUGGUUCGCAGUGCUGCAGGCUUGAAAGUCCUUCUCCACUUGAACAGUGAUGGCUCCCGUGUGUAUGUAACCUCUUUAUAGUUUGACUCCGUCUUAAUGUAUUGUUCAAUUGACAUGGCCUUUUUUCUUCCAGGCCUCAGGCACUUUUGUCUGUUUUUGUUUUUAAGGUAAUAUAGUAAAGGAAUGAAAGUCUAAAUAAAGCGGUUCUGCUUGUU